AUGUCACCAGCCACCAGGCAGUCAGCUGUGAAAAUUGCAACAAUUUUGUCAAAAUUUUCCAAAUUAUUUAUAUAAUUGCAGAUUUCAAUGCAUUUACUUGCCAUGUGCUGAUAGUUGGACGUCGCCUCCACUUCCUGCAUCGAAAUAUGUAGUAGCCACCCCCUGAAACCCAGUGCUUGUGUCAAUCGGUUGUGAAAGUGACUUGUCCCGAUUCGUGCGCUUUUUGCAGCCCCGGGGCUGCAGUGAUUUAACCAUGUGAACCCCAGUUAACUGCUCAGUACUCAUCACUGCCAGAGGCACAUUUCGUUUGAGAUGGCCACAAUGAUGUACCCCAGUAUCACCAAGUCGCAGUCGAUGAGGGCGAAGCGCAAGUCAGCCGUGGAACUGCUGGCUGAGAGUAAGCCCUUCUAUGUUAAAUCGGAGAUUGUGAGGGACAACACGCAGCAGCUCCCAUCUAGACCCCAGUCGAACGUGGGGGGCUACGGCACAUACAACAGGAGCAAGAGUGUUAAUGUUACUGGGACCUGCAGCUACAGCAAGACAGUCAACUUUCCGCAAUAUAUGGCUGUAUCCCCAUCGCGAUCGUUGCCACCCUUAACGCAACGACGGCCCACUCAAAUGAGCACGCUGCCAACCCCUCAUCAUGCCACCCACAAUUCCACUGAUCUGCUACAGAAUCGGCUACGUCAGCUACUUGUUUGCGACAGCGCUGAGGAGCUCAGAGUAGAUCAGGUAAAAGAUGCUAGGAAAACCGCAGCUGCAAGUAGAGUAAGUAGAUGAGUUCUGUAUGGUUGAGGCGAGUAUAUUAGUUACAAAAGCUUUUAUUUGAGGGAUUUGCCUCAAUAUCAUACUUUACUGGAUGAUUCAAUUUGCCUUAGCGGGAAAAUUCAUGCAAGUUGGGAUACGGCUUUGAAGACCUGCCAUUUGCAAUGUGAUUUUCCUGUGAGUUUCUCGAAGCCUGUUUACCAGUAGGCCUUCGGAAAUUCUAACCGAUCUAUCUUUCGAUAUUCCUUCUAUGUAGUGAACAACUAGUUUAAGGUAUUAUUGUAAAUAGCGAAAGGUUUCCCAUG